ACUAAUUUCACCGCUUAAAACCAGUGACGUUAUUCUCCCUUUCACUCACUCACUCGCUCCCAAACCUCGUACGCCGUACCGUGUUUCCUCGUCCGACCAACAAACCUCACGCUCUGGUGUGGUUUUCUCCGAUUCUGCAGUAGCGGCACACAUGCCACAACCAAAAGAGCUUCCAGGGUUUUAUUAUGACCCUGAGAAGAACAGGUAUUUUCCCAUCAAAGGCCCCAUUCCUGGCUCUUCUUCUAAGCCCAAGACCCCUGCUCUUAACUCACCCCAAACCUCUUCCAAUCAGGAAAGUGGUGGGAGUUGUUGUAGGAAGCUUAGAAACAGAACCCUGUCUAAGCUGCUUCAGGCUAGGGAGUUGGAUGGUCACAGUGUCGUCAUCUCUCGGUAUUGCAGAAGUAACUUCACUGAGGAAUUCCGGAAAAUGCAAGCAUCUAGACCUGUGGUCUGGAAGUAUCGGGGAACUGAUGGGAUGCGUAUUACUGCUUUGGAACACUUGCGCGUUGAUGUGCAGACAUCCGAGGGGCAAACUGAAACUGAUGUUUUGUUGACGGGCAGCACAAAUGGCUCGAUGAGUUUUUCUCAAGUUGGAGGGGUUGGGCGUAAUUAUGAUGGUGGGACAAAAUGGAGGGCAGAUUGUGUGAAGAAUUAUGUUAAAGGGAGAACAGAUGAGCAUAAUGAGGUGCUUAAGCCGGUUUUCAAACCUAAUCGAGCUGCACUGCUUAUGUCCUCCAGAAUAUCUAGUAUAAGAUUGGGUCCUAAGUGCUCUUCUCACGCUGUCAAUGAUGGUCAUAUUGUUGGACGUGCAUUAUUUACUACUUUGGGAUCAGAGACAUCAGGUGGAUCAGUUUAUACUCUUGAUCUUGUUGAACCAUUAAAUCUUGGACCAGGUAUACUGAACACAUGGAGCGGACUAGAGGAAAUUGCUUCUUUCAGGUGUACCAUUUGGACAGCAGAAUAUGAUUAUAAUAGACAUCGGGCUGUAAUUGGUACAAAUUUGGGAGGUGCUUCAGUGGAUCUGGAAACUGGGACGAUAUCAUGGUUUUUACAUUGUAAAAGUGAUGUUUUUGCGCAACAGAUUGUUAGUUCAGGAAAUGUGAUUUUAUGUGGGCUAAGAAAUGGAGCAAUUGUCACUGUAGAUUCUCGUGAGAGUCGAGAAAGCCUUUCUGGUAGACUUAUUACCCAUCGGAUACCAUAUACAUCUUCAGACAAGAAAGUUGGAGGUUCUAAUAAAGAAUGGUUCAAGCUCAAAGGAGACAUAUAUCCUUCUCAUACCAUUAGGAUGCCUUCAUCUAUUUCCUGUUUGGCGUCACUUCAGUUUGAUGAUCAGUACUUUUUGGCAAGCUCAAUGGAUGGAUCGAUGAGACUUUAUGAUCUUCGUCUACUUCAGAGGGGUGCUGUUCAAUGUUAUGAAGGGCAUGUGAAUUCUCAUACUCGUAUACAGAUUGGUGUUGAUCCAUCUGAGAGAUUUGUUAUGUCAGGUGGAGAGGAUUGCAAGCUAAGGUUAUGGAGUAUCAAGUCUGGUGAACUGCUUUUUGAGGACAAGUUCUCUGAUUCAGUUAUCUCCACUGUGUGCUAUAAAACAUAUGGACAUAGUUUUAAAGCAGAAGAGGAAAACCAAUACAAGCGUGACUCGUCUCAGGGUGCAUGGCUUGGAUCACUUGAAGGACUGUUUUAUAUGUGCUGGUUAUGAGUGUGAAGGGUCCUGCAGCUAUAGAAUCUGAAGCUAACUAGAUGCCCACAAUACCUGAUAGAUGCUGAGGUUAUAGCAUAUAUCUAUAUAUACUCACAUGAAGGUAAUCAAAUAGCUUGUAGAUAUAUACUCACAUAGCAAAAUUCCCUGUUAAAGGCUCUUUUGGGGAUUAAAGCUGAUACUAGCAGUAGCACACAGCAGAGAUGACCAAUACUUUGUAGAAUUAGUGAUGUUUUAGUAUUUACAUACACAAGGAAAGGUUUAGAGCCAAAAAGAAAAAGAAAAGCAUUGUGCUGGCUAUGGCUUUUUUGUGCCAAAAGUUUCUAUGCUGACAUUGUGCCUCUACUUUGAGAAUCAUCAUUUGCUUGCCAGCCUUAGUUGUGGUAGGGACCAUUGUGGUACUGUUAA